AUGUUCAACCGUAUCUUCAUGCUCUCGCUGCUUCACAUGGCUGAUGCCAUGGCCCAGCCCAUUCUUCCUUUACCGCCGAUGGGCUUUAACAACUGGGCCCGCUACGAAACCAAUAUCAGCGAGGCGAUUUUCGUCGAUGCUGCCGAUUCCAUGAUCAAGCAUGGGCUGCUCUCCGCUGGCUACAACCGCAUCAACCUUGACGACGCAUGGUCAACUAAAGAGCGAGCCUCAAAUGGCUCCAUGGUCUGGGAUGACACAAAAUUCCCCCGGGGCCUCUACUGGCUCACGGCCCAUCUCAAGUCCAACGGCUUCAUCCCAGGAAUCUAUACCGAUGCCGGCAAUCUCUCCUGUGGCGGAUACCCUGGUGCUCUCGACCACGAGCAGAUCGACUACGACGAUUUUACUAAAUGGGGCUUCGAGUAUCUGAAAAUGGACGGCUGUAAUAUGCCUGAUCCCAGCACUGAGGAAGUCUAUCAUGAGGUCUACAGCCGUUGGCACAGCCUGCUCUCGUCCGUAGAGAACCCGAUGAUAUUCUCUGACUCUGCCCCGGCGUAUUUUGCCGACAAGGACAAUUUGACCGACUGGUACACUAUCAUGGGAUGGGCCCAGAAGUAUGGCCAACUGGCGCGCCACUCGGACGAUAUCCAGACUUAUCCUGACGGAGCCUCCUGGGAUAGCAUGAUGAACAACUACAACUAUCAUGUCCGCCUGGCGCGCUACCAGAAGCCGGGCUACUUCAACGACCCCGACUUUCUGAAUGUGGACCAUCCCUCGUAUAGUCUUGACGAGAGGAAAAGCCACUUUGCCCUUUGGUGCGCGUUUUCCGCGCCCCUGAUUCUUAGCACGGACUUGACAGCUAUCACACCUGAAGAGGUCGAGUACCUCACUAAUACAGAGCUCAUCGCCGUCAACCAGGACAGGCUGAUCCAGCAGGCCACACUUGUUAGCCGUGAUAAGACGUGGGAUGUCCUGUCCAAGAGCCUUGAAAACGGAGACCGCGUGCUCGUUGCCCUGAACAAGGGCGACUCGGUUGCCGACAUUACAAUCCCAUGGGCGCGCAUUGGUUUCCCUCCCAGCGCCGUCCGGCAUGUGAAGAGUUUAAGAGUCAAGAACUUAUGGACUGGAGAGACUAUUGACGUCUCCAGCAGUGAAAGCGGUAUUGCGGCGGACAGUGUCGCCUCCCAUGGAACUGCUGUCUUCCGUAUUGCCAACUCCGCUGGUCCUGUUACUCCUACUGGCCUUAUAUUCAACACACGCAGCAUGAAGUGUCUCACCGAUAGCUCCUCUGGCAACGUCGUCUUCGCUACAUGCGAUGGAUCUGACGCGCAGACCUGGAGUAUUCGAUCGGAUGGCCAUAUCAGUAGCGUGCUGAGCCCUGAAGAUUGCAUCGUCGACAAGGAGGGGGUGGUUCUGUCUUCCCGGUCUGGCUGUGAUUCGGAUUCUUGGAGCUACGACGUCUCGGGUAAUCUAGUUAAUGGCAAUUCCAAUAACUGCCUGACGGAGGCUGCCAAUGGAGCUGCUACUGCUGUUGUGUGCGGAUAUGAGCUUAACGAGCAGGUACAUGGCUUGCCUGUUGGUGUCACUGUUGGCAAUUAG